AUGUUCAGCUUCCUCUGGGAGGGUCAUGCUGUGGCCAGCUGCCUUUCUCUCACUUUCAUGCUUCUUCUGCACAUCUUGGAUGUGUGCAUGUCAGAGUCCAACCAUGCAGAAUGCCCAGAGAGCUGCUUCUGCUCAGAGAGUGUCGACGGUGGGCUGAUGGUCCGUUGUAGAGACAUGAACUUAAUUGCGGUGCCACAUGGCCUUCCGAACAACACACGACAUCUAUACCUAGACAACAACCUGCUUUUUACCAUACCAUCUGAUUCAUUUAUAGGGCUCCCACUGCUGUUCAAACUAGAUCUUUCCCACAACAGGUUGGUCCAUCUGGAGCCUGGAGCCUUUCGAGGCCAAGCGGACUCAUUAAGCAGCCUGGACCUUUCUUUUAACCUGCUGGAGACACUGGACCCCGAGGCGUUUGGCGACCUCAGAGCCCAGACUAACCUCUCUCAUAACCCCUGGCUGUGUGACUGCCGUCUGCAGCUGGCUAUGCCACAGCUGCUCUUAGAUCCCUCCUCCCUCGCUGAGGUGGUGUGCAACACUUCUGAACCUGAGGAGUUGGGAGCUCAAGGUAUGCCCUUCAUCCUGGUAGCGACUGAUCUUGACUUCUGCGCAGCACUCCGGAGGACCACUGACUUUGCUAUGCUAAUAACAAUGUUUGGCUGGUUUACAAUGGUUAUAUCCUAUUUAGUGUACUAUGUAAGGCACAACCAAGAAGAUGCUAUUCGGCAUCUAGAGUAUCUCAAGUCUCUCCCAAACAGGCAGGGCAGAUCUGGGGAGUCACUGACACGCAGCACCUGGUUGUAA